AUGGAGGGAAGCAGAUCAGAAACUUCUGCAGCCGAAGCAAGUGAGGAAAUAAUUUAUACUUCUGUAAAAUUCUCUCAGGAUCCUCCACCAAGGGCCAAAUCUGGGCAGGAAAGGAGAGCUCCCUGUCUGUGGCCAGCAGUUGUGCGAGGCUUGGCUAUAGGCUUUGGGAUACUGAGCAUGCUCCUAGCGAUUGCUUUGAUUUGGAAGAUUAGUGACUCCCAACCACGCUGCCCUGAGCAGUGGGUGGCCUACAGAGGGAGCUGCUACUCCUUCUCCAAGGAGAAGAAGGACUGGCAUUCCAGCCAGCAAUCCUGCUCGGAGCAGGGAGCUCAUCUCCUGGUGAUCAGCGAUACCAGAGAAAUGGACCUGUUCAAGAGUAUUCAGACGGAAUGUUUCUGGAUUGGACUGAGGAACAGCACAGGCUCUGUCUGGAUUUGGGAAGAUGGCUCUAUAUUCAAUGGCACCAAGAUCACCUCUAACAGCCCUGUGCAACACUGUGCUGUCCUGAUAAAAGGUCACUUUCAGGCCUCCAGCUGUGAAUAUGCUGCUCCGUGGAUCUGUGAGAAAUCUCUCAGAUAAAUCCCACGCGCAUUUUCGUCUCAUAACCAUCUCAUCAGUGGUACAAGUGGAUCAUUGUCCUGCAAACCAAAGCUCUGCACAAGACCAAGGACUUGCUCUUUCCACACCCUCACAGAGGUGCUUUGCAGGGACAGGCUUGUUGCCCACAAGGGUGAGUUAUCCUCAAUGGUAGACCCAUUCCCAACAGAAGUUUUGUAACAACCGACGCUGGGUCUUCAGAUCCCUGAGGUUGAGCUGGCCAUUUUCCUCCGUUCCUGAGCAUCAGCUGUCAUUUCCAUUCCCUGCAUCUCCAUUGUCUGGUGCCAGCAGGACCAGGAAAGUGAAGCCUGCUGUUCACUGUCAGAAACAUAUAAACAGACUUCUCCCGGUGGCAGCCUCUCCUUUUGCAUCCCAGUGCUGCCAGUUAGGGAGAAGAGGGUGAAACUAUAGACUGCACCUUCUGUAAAUCUUGCAGCGAAAAUAAACCUCCA